AUGCCACUCAGUUACGAUCCUGAAUUCCUCAAGGAGGCAGCGCCCGUGCUCCAGCAGCUUGCACAGGUUGAACCGGCUGCCCUCCACGAUGUGAAAGCAAGACGAUCUAUGCUGGCGGCCCUAACACGGCCACUAGCUCCAAUGCCCGAUGACAUUGAGAAUAUCAUUCACCGGGUGCCCACUCCCGAUGGCCAUGAAGUGGCGGUGUAUCACUUCCGUCGGAAGCAAGAGCCCCGAGAAGGUGGUGAGCCCGCCAUCAUUCAUAUCCACGGCGGAGGAUACAUCUCACUGAGCGCUGAAGCAUGCGCCACGCCACAUAUUGGGUCGGUGCAGAGAACGGGAGUACAAAUUCUGAGUAUCGAUUAUCGGCUAGCUCCAGAGUAUCCAUACCCAACGCCCCUAAACGAUUGCUGGGCCGCGCUUGAAUUUGUCUAUGCGAAUGCAGAGCGAUUGCAUAUCGACCCUUCUCGCAUUGCAGUCAAGGGUGAAAGUGCAGGCGGUGGUUUAGCAGCUGCCUUGACGAUCCGAGCUCGAGAUUGUGCGCUGUCACCACCGAUCGCGAAGCAGAUUCUGAUAUACCCGAUGCUGGACGAUCGAACCACAACCAACCCCGUCGGAAAAUUGGCAUUUUGGAAUGAAAUCGACAACAUCACUGGCUGGACAGCCUACCUGGGCCCUGACGCAGGUACCGGCCAUUUCGAAGCAACGGCUGCAGCUGCUCGUGUUGAAUCUGUGGAAGGGCUUCCUCCGCUGUAUGUAGACUCGGGGCAGCUCGAUAUUUUUGGGCUUGAAUCCAUCGAAUAUGCCAAGCGUUUCAUGGCAGUAAAAAUCAACACGGAAUGCCACAUCUAUCCCGGCUUGCCACAUGGAUUUGAGGCAUUCGCACCAUUGUCGAAGGUGGUACAGCAGGUCGUGGCUAAUCGAGAUAAGGUGGCAAUGAGCUUUUGA